GUCAUUUUUCUUACGCAGAUAUUGCACGUAAACCAAACUAUUUCUGAAAAUAAAUCUGAUUUACGUUAAUUUUAUACGCCUAAUAUUGUGAAUUAAAUGAAUUAGACGAGUUAAUUAAUACCACAAUGCCACUUACGGCAAGACAACGAAGUAUACACAAUAAAAAUGGAGCCAAAAGGGCGACCAGCUUUAGCAAAGGGAAGCGAAAAGCUACCGAAGGGGAGUUCCUCGUAACCAAUGCACCAUCAGACCUCCGGAGCAUAGCGUAUCCUGGUGGGGCAGUAGCCCUAGGUCUGCUUCUGACUGCCCGUAUUGUUUCCGCAUACUGGGGUCAUAUAGCUGACUGUGAUGAAACUUAUAACUAUUGGGAGCCAUUGCAUUAUUUAGUAUAUGGCAGUGGUCUCCAAACAUGGGAGUACAGCCCAGUGUACGCAAUCCGCUCAUACAUGCCACUCUGGUUGUUUGCUGUGCCUGCCAAGAUACUGGCCUGGUUCAUGACUCCUGUCUCAGUGUUCUACUCCCUACGAGUGCUACUAGCGGUCCUUUCGGCUUGUGCUGAGCUUAUGUUUUAUAAAGCCAUAUGCCACGAAUUCGGCGUUCACGUAGGCCGUGUCUGGCUAGCCAUGACCCUCCCCGCCGCGGGUAUGUUCGCGAGCAGUUCUGCGAUGCUUCCAUCUGCGUGGAGCAGCGCGUUGUGCAGCGCUGCGCUCGCGUGCUGGUGGCGCAGACGUUACCCGACCGCUAUAUUCUUGACUGCCGCCUCUACACUGCUUAGCUGGCCAUUCACAGCACUCCUAGGCGUCCCCAUAGCAAUCGACAUGGUUUUAAUGAAGGGACAAAUUGUCGACUUUCUCAAAUGGUCUAUCAUUUCCCUUAUCGUAAUCCUGGUGCCAACAGUACUAGUGGAUUCAUGGCAUUACGGUAGACUAGUAGUGGCCCCAUGGAAUAUUGUCGCCUAUAAUAUAUUUACCGAACAUGGACCCGAUUUGUAUGGAGUGGAACCAUGGACUUAUUACUUUGUGAAUGGAUUCUUGAACUUUAAUAUUGUUUGGGUCCUAGCCCUAUCAUCCCCAGUAUACCUGGUAGCAUGCACAGCGAUGACGUCCCGGUCGACAGCGCGGGCGAUGUUCUGUGCUCCCUACUGGUUGGACCUGCUGCCGCUCGUACUGUGGCUCGCUGUCUUCAUGCUGCAGCCGCAUAAGGAGGAGAGAUUCCUGUACCCAGCAUACAGUAUGAUCAUCCUCUCCGGCGCCAUAGCUCUGGACUGCUUACAAAAGAUGACGUUCGCUGUCGGUACGGAACUGUUUCGCUGGCGAAGGGAGCGAGAGAGGCGACACUAUCUAGCUUAUACGGGCCCUCUGAUGGUCAUGUGUGUGCUUAUAGCGGGCGUUGCUGGUCUAUCCCGCAUCGCCGCCCUCUAUACGAACUACAACGCCCCCAUGCGGAUACUCCGUGACUUACCCCCAGCUCCUGAAGAAGUGGAGCUGCGGCUGUGCUUCGGCAAGGAGUGGCACCGCUCGCCCUCCAGCUUCCACCUGCCGCCCGCCUACAGCGUCAGGCUCAUACCCAGCGAGUUUACUGGGCAGCUGCCGGCGCCUUACAGCAACACACACAAUGCAACUCGUCUCAUUCAUCCUCACUUCAACGACAUGAACAAAGGUGACAAUAGAACGUACAUCAAACCGAGUGAAUGCCACUACUUAGUAGACUCUUCCAUCGGAAAACCUUCAACCCUCGAACCAGCAUACCACAAAGAUCCAUCAUGGGAAAUUAUAUCCAGUGUUGCCAUACUCGACGCUCAAAAGUCCCAUCAAGUGUUCAGAGCGUUCUAUGUGCCAGUGUUGUCAAGUAAAAAAAAUGUUUACGCUAACCUGUAUUUGUUGAAGAAUAAGGUGCUGGUUUAAAUUAAGGAUGUUUUUGUAAGUAUUUAUACAUUUUUAAUAAAUAUUUUAAUGGUUGUAAUGCUGUGACAUUGAUAUUUCAAAGUUUUUCACAUGAUAUUGAUUGAUUUUUAUAAACUCUAUGUCGUAAACAUACUACGCACUCCUUCUAUUUAAGUGACAGGUACUAAAAAUGUUUAAAUACCUACAAUUCAAAUAAUGUUACCAUAAACACUGAGGUUGGUCUUGAUACUGUAGACUGUUGCCAGUUCGAAACAUCUUCUAAAUAGCAAGUAAGAUAUUAUUGCAAUGCGUUUAUUUACAUUUAUUACCCUUUACUGGUGAUACAAGGCGCCAAGUUUAGUCGGGCGCAAUAUUUGAAGAUUUCUUUUCGGCAACAUGGACGCCAGAAUAAUUUAAAUCGGGAUGAAUCUUACUUGAUCAAAUCUCAGUGUAAAAUCCUACAAUAAAUAAAACAUAUCAACGUAAUAUGUUUGACUCACAGCACUGAAUAGCUAUAGUACCAUCCUAAAUACGGAGCUAGUCAUAAUUUAACAAAUAUUAUGCUUGAAUUAUGUCAUUAAAAUAAUUAGUUGUAAGUACCUAUUUAGUGCAAUAAUAAUUUUAUGUCAAUUUUAUAAACGAUGCAAAAGUCUGGACAAAAUUGCAUCGGCAGCUUACAUGAUAUUGAUACCUACAAAGUAAAUUCAUAAUGGUAUAGUUCUCGUUAAAGUCAAUGGCGGUCCGUAGCUAAAUUCCGAGCAGAAGAAAUUUAAGCAUUGAAGAAUUUUCAUGGUCGAGUACUUAAUAUUACAAUAAUAAAUCUCGAAGACGUAUUUCCAUGAUUUUAAUCCAAAGAACAGGUUAAAAUUUUGCCUGGUUUAUCCUAAGCAAUUUAAAUGCAUUGAUAAGCGCCUAAAAGAAUUAAAAUAUAAAUGAAAGUCGACAAGUACGAUAUCCAUACAAAAUUAGAAGUCUUAUAACGUCAUUUAAGUCACUAAAUACAAUACUGAGGUUGUGUAACUAAUUUGAAUAUUGGAGCUAUAAAAUACUUUUUAUCAAGUUAGGUAGGCCAGGAAGAGGCAUUUUAUCUUAGCUAUACAAAGACCAUAGAAAUAUCUGUCAGGAAUAGGAGGGAUCCAAUCAAAAAAAGAAUCCAGGGAUGAAUUGUUUACGGAAUCUUUGAUUACCUUCUUGACUGUACAGUUGUAACACUGACAAAUUAACACGUAAGAUCGACUUACAUCGCAACGUGUUUAUUCAAACAUGGCUCUUACUGCGAUACAAUAAGGGUCAUUUUUCAAUGUAACAGCAAUUUGUCAGCAGCUAAGUAAAAUAAUUGCAUGCACGGUUUCUGUACUGCUGGUGAAAUAUAAGUGUGCUUAAGGUGCACCUCUGCUUAUCUAUUCGAGAGAGAAAGCCACAAUGAUAUGACUUAAGAAAAUAAUGGUUUGCCACACAGGUUGUACUUUGCAAGAGAAGUUUUAGCACGAAGGAGUCCUUACUUAUAGUAAAUUAAUGUAAUAUAAUUAAUAAUAUUCAGCUAGAAUAUUAAUUUGUAUUUUGCAUUUUUAUAAGCACGACGCAAUUAUGAUGUAACUGUUGUUUUGUGAUUUUAUCUAUAUUUUUUUAUUAUUAAAGUUAUUUCUGAA